AUGGCUGCUGAAUAUACGCGCCUCUCUCAGGCUCUCCUUCGCCCCUCUCUGCGUGCAGACGACGAGGAAUUUGACGAUGCCAUACCGCUCAUGCACCUGUCGCAGCGCAACAUAGACUUUUCGCUACACAACAACAGCUCGGGUCAGUAUCAGACAAAUUCACAGGAGGAAAUUGGUGUGAACGACACAAUUGCGUGA